AUGUCUCUCUCCACACGCACAGCGGUGAUCUCUCGCACAACCAACGAGACCAAAAUUCAAGUCUCGCUCUCCCUCGACGGCGGCCCCCUGCCCCCCUACGAGCCAACUACCCACUUCCCCGCCCCGGCAGACCCCCAAGAAGCCGAAGCCGCAAAGAAGGGCAUUGUGCCCCCCAAGGACGCCGGCCAUGCCACGCAAUUCACCCCAACCCAGCAAAUCACCAUCAGCACUGGCAUUGGGUUCCUCGACCACAUGCUGCACGCGCUGGCCAAGCACGGCGGUAUGAGUUUGGCUGUUCGCGCCAAGGGUGAUCUUUACAUUGAUGACCACCAUACAACAGAAGAUACAUUCCUCGCCGUCGGCGAAGCCUUCACAAAAGCCCUCGGCGCACGCCAAUCGCUAGAGCGCUUCGGCCGCGGUGACGCACCCCUCGACGAGGCACUCUCAUGGGCUGUUAUCGAUCUCUCAAGCCGACCAUGGGCUGUUAUUGACCUCGGCUUUAAGCGCGAGAAGAUUGGCGAUCUCAGCACUGAGAUGAUCACGCAUGGUUUGCAGAGCUUUGCCCAGGCUGCUGGUGUGACUUUGCAUGUUGGUUGCACUUAUGGUGAUAAUGAUCACCACCGGGCUGAGAGUGCGUUUAAGGCGCUUGCUGUUGCCAUUCGCACUGCUUGUAAGCGUCGGGUUGAGGGACAGGUUGGCGCUGGUGAUAUUGUUAGCACCAAGGGUGUCCUUUAA